AAUAAUGUGCUAUGCUGUUCAUUCGCGGCGCAGUUGUGUACCUACGGACCCUUCCAACUUCGCCACGUUUCUCGCUCGUCUUUCACUCCAAAGUAAACCUCCUCUGAAUCAGCUCGAGCAUCUCGAUCCUUCUUCUUCUCUACCAUUGGACACCACCAGCUCACCACAUCUGUCAAAAUCAUAGCACCAGAGAAGAAGUGUCACCAUUUUUCGAAAGUUUCUCCCCCUCCCCACACUUUCUCCAGUUUUCAUACGACCACAUUUGAAAAAAAGUUGAAAUUUUUCUGGAAUUUACUCUGACGCGGAUUCUCCUCUCUCAACUCGCCUUUUGCGUCGCAAUUUAUUCCCUGCAGUCAUGAGUCUCCGGGAAGAAGGAUCUGCAAUGGUGGUAGGGAUGUAUCCUACAAGUCGCAAUAAGGGACGCGCAGAUGAUGACGUCACCUGACUUUAGCCGACUUCACUGUGAGAGCGAGUCAUUCAAGAUGGACAUGAUUUUAGAUGUGAACACCUGGAUCUACCCCAUGGAGCUAGGUGACAAGUUUCGAAUGAUCGUCUCGACGACUUUGAGGGAAGACGGGUUUGCCGAGAGUUCCGAGUGGACCCCGUUAGAAAGCGGUCCCUCCAAGGCCGACUCGUUUGAGUACGUCAUGUUUGGGAAAAUCUACAGAAUUGAUGGGGACGAAGGGGGUGAAGCUGGGACGUCCAAAGUCUCGGCCUACGUGUCAUUCGGAGGGUUGCUGAUGCGCUUGGAAGGAGAUCAAAAUCACUUCCAGGGAUUCGAAGUGGACAAGAACAUUUAUCUCCUCAUGAAAAAAUUGGCUUUCUAGACUUUGUUGUUAAACUACAUAUUUUUUUACUAUUUCGGGGAAGUUGAAUAAACUCCAUUUAGUUAUUAGUUUGUAAUUAUUCAAUUGUAUGUAUGUGGUACUCAUUUGUUGUACUUUCCAAUUUUGUAUUUGACAAUAAAUUUCAUAAGCAUAAUUUAUCGGAA